AUUUGUAAUCAUCAAGUAUGACUUGUUUAAUUGGUGAAAUGGAACAACUUAUUAGCAAUGAAAUGUUAUUAUCUACUGCACCGAAUCCUUCAUCUAAUGGUCAAACUACUCGAUUAGGAACCAAUGCGUUAAGUACAAUUUUUUUAAUUGUCAAUGCUACUCUAGGAGCUGGUCUUUUAAAUUUUCCACAGGCAUUUGAUAAAACUGGAGGAUUAAUCACUGCCAUUGGUACACAACUUAUAUUGCUCAUCUUUAUUGCAGCUGCACUAAUAAUUUUAGCAAAUUGCAGUGAUAUUACAAAUACAUCUUCUAUGCAAGAUAUGUUUGCAAAGCUUUAUGGACAAAAGUCACUCUUUUUAUGUGCUUUGUGUGUUACAAUAUAUAGCUUUGGGUGUUGUUUGACAUUUCUAAUAAUUGUUGGUGACCAAUUUGACAGAGUUUUAGCAACAUAUUAUGGACUUGAUUACUGUCAUACAUGGUAUUUAGCCAGACCAUUUGUUACAGCUAUAACAUGUAGUAUAUUUAUAUUACCUUUAUGUUUUUUUAAAACAUUGAAUGCUCUAAGUUAUACUAGUUCCAUUGGUUGUAUAACUAUUUGCUAUGUAGUAUGGUUGGUCUUCUAUAAAAAUUUCACAAAAGUUGAAUCUCCUGUUAAUCCCAUGAAAAUAUGGCCUGAUAAUGGAUUUGAAGUGCUUCAGAUAAUUCCAGUAAUUUGUUUUGCAUAUCAGAGUCAUAUGACAGCAAUACCAAUGUAUGCUUGUAUGAAAGAGAGAAAUAUUGGAAAAUUUACAUUGUGUGCUAUACUAAGCAUGAUCAUUUGUUUUACUGCUUACACACUAGUUGGUAUUUGUGGAUAUGCAACAUUUGGUGCUGGAAAAGUACCCAGUGAUAUACUUCAAGGUUAUACAGACAGAAGUGUAAUUCUUCUUGUAGCCAUUAUAUUCAUAGCAAUUAAAAAUUUUACCACAUAUCCAAUUGUUUUAUACUGUGGUCGCGAUGCUUUGUUAAGUCUUUUAGGAAUGGAUAUUAAUGUAACUAUUAAAGUCAGAGUUUUUGUUACAUUGAUCUGGUAUAUAUUGUCUCUAAUAAUUGCAAUAUUAGUGCCAGAUAUUUCGCCGAUUAUUAAUUUACUAGGGGCAUUAUCGGCAGCUUUUAUUUUUAUCUUUCCAGGCAUUUGUUUAUUUCAAAGUACACUUUUAAAAGAUUCAGAAUUACAUUUAAAUAAAGACCGAUUGCUGAUAUUUUUCGCAAUUUUUCUUACUGCGCUUGGUGCAUUUGUAUCUGGCGUUGUAUUUGUAGAAGCUGUCGAAGAUUUGCAUCUAACAUCAAAACAAGUUCCAUUGGUAACUGGUUUUAGGCAAUUAAGAGAAAGUUUAUGUACUUAA